AUGCCUAACUCAAGUGAACAGUCGUGUUUUGGUGGCUCUCUGAGCCAGCGUGGUCCUGAAUGGAGUGAAGGCCAGAACGAUAGGGCUGCAAGUCGCUGUCACUACUGCGGUAACAUUGCAGGGUGUAGAAAUUCUUCUGCACUGUGUGGGGAAGACGGAGACGUUUGGUUUCACGGUCACCUAGAUCUUGGGGAAAAACGGGAUCCAGUCCUCCACUCCUCUCUAUACAGACAGAUCCAGCAGGACCAGCAUGGGCAGCCACCACUGAAGAAAACCUCUGUACCUGACCUAAGCAGCAGUCUCUACCUCAAGGAGCUAAUGGCAGGCCGGGCCUCAGCACCACCUCAGGAUUAUUACCUCACUGACGCCACCUUAUCUGGUCAUCCACCUAAGGAGUCUGGGUUUUACAGGGAUAACCAGCACUUGCUCACCAGAUCAGCCUUGCAUUAUGGGCCCAGCGUUGGGGGGGUUAGGUCUUCCUGGGAUCAAGGACAAGCAAGAGCCACACCCUCUUUACUGGCCUCUGCUUCUACACCUACACCCGCACCUCUUCCUCCUCCCCCUCCUCCCCCGCCUCCUCCGCCACCACCUCCCCCUCCGCUUCAUGAGCUGAGCCGUUUGUACAGGGAAACUCUGGGAUCUAAGAUGAUCCCAGACGUCCAGCGUAUUGGUGGCAGCUCUCCCGCUACUGCGAUCUUCGGGGCUCAGCCCCCGCUUCCUGUUUACGCUGCUGAACCGCUGUCUGCUCGUCAAACUUACAACAGUAUCAACAGCUUGCGCCUGGAUCCCCUUCAGCCAGCUGCCACCAGUUCAUUGGUGGAUCCAGCUUCUCAGGGAAUGGACGCAGCUUUCCCCAGGGCUUACGGAGCUGUAGCCUCCCAGAGGCUGCCUUAUGAUCCAAACUAUGACCCCAGCUCAGCCAUGGUGGCUGCCACAGCUGGAAUGGUCUCCACCUUGCCUCCUCACCAACCCAGUGCUGCAGACCCUAAGAAGAUGGUGGACCCUGCUUUCUUGGCUUUCUUAAGAGGGGAAGGCUUGGCUGAAAGCACAAUUACACUUCUGCUGCAACAUGGCUUUGAUUCCCUUUCCACACUGGGGAUGAUGGAGGACCAUGAUGUUAGGUCUGUGGCCCCUAAUUUGGCCCAGGCCCGUGUUCUGUCACGAGUGGUGCUCAGUUGCAAGACAGUUGGGACGGCAACACGUGCCCGAUCUAAUAGCUUCAGCCAUCGCAAUGACCUCUACGUGCAGCCCCAGGGUUUGACUAUGGACCCCAACCUGAUGCAGCAACCUCCCACCACUGUCCAGACAGUUUCCCCUAGAAUGGGAGAAUUUCUGGGUAGAAGACCGAGCAGCGCACCCUCCCAACAUCUCCUGGAAACCACCACCUACCCAGGAGCACGGCCGCUGGCACCUGGAGCUUUUCCAGUCAGCCCUGGAGGAUAUAGCAGUGCUGUGACUCAGGGAAGACCCUUCUCCAUGUAUAAUGCCCACACCGGUCUUGCCAUGUCUGCUCUCGGAAACCAGCCUCCACCUGCUCCAGGCACCCCUGGAGCUGCACCUAAAACCUUCUCUGGCUCCUAUUCCCCGAUGGAACUGAUGAAGAGAGCCCCCAACUUUCCCCCAGCAUCACCUGUAGGAGCAGCAAGCCCCCUUCACAGCCCACAACUUCUCCGCAAGGGGAUCAAUGCUGCUCCUGAGAGUACCAUAGUUCCCGUCAGCUCUGCCACCACUCUUCAAGCGCAAAACCUUAACAACAACAAGAUGGUGGGACGCCGCACCGGUCCACCUGUCAUAGUCUCAACCAUGGUCACUACGCCUGACACAAGUAUUCGGCCUCAAAUCAUGAACGGGCCCAUGCAUCCCCGCCCGUUGGUGGCCCUGCUGGACGGGCGUGAUUGCACCGUGGAGAUGCCCAUCCUUAAAGACUUAGCAACCGUUGCCUUCUGUGAUGCUCAGUCCACGCAGGAGAUCCACGAGAAGGUGCUUAAUGAGGCAGUGGGUGCCAUGAUGUACCACACCAUCACCCUGACCAGAGAGGACCUGGAAAAGUUCAAAGCUCUACGCAUCAUCAUCCGCAUCGGCAGCGGCUACGACAACAUUGACAUAAAGGCUGCUGGAGAGCUGGGCAUUGCCGUGUGCAACAUUCCCUCGGCAGCUGUGGAGGAGACGGCAGACUCGACCUUGUGCCACAUCCUCAACCUUUACCGGCGGAACACCUGGCUCUACCAGGCUCUGCGGGAGGGCACGCGAGUCCAGAGCGUGGAGCAAAUCCGGGAGGUGGCAUCCGGUGCCGCCCGCAUACGUGGCGAAACCCUGGGUCUCAUCGGUUUUGGUCGUUCGGGCCAGGCGGUUGCAGUGCGAGCCAAGGUUUUCGGCUUCAACGUCAUCUUCUACGACCCCUAUCUGCAGGACGGCCUGGAGCGCUCGCUGGGCGUCCAGCGCGUCUACACCCUGCAGGACCUGCUCUACCAGAGCGACUGCGUCUCCCUGCACUGCAACCUGAACGAACACAACCAUCACCUCAUCAACGACUUCACCAUCAAACAGAUGCGUCAGGGUGCAUUCUUGGUCAAUACUGCACGGGGAGGUCUGGUGGAUGAGAAAGCUCUGGCCCAGGCGUUAAAGGAGGGAAGGAUACGCGGAGCUGCCUUAGACGUCCAUGAGACCGAGCCCUUCAGUUUUGCUCAGGGCCCACUGAAAGAUGCUCCAAACCUGAUCUGCACGCCACACACAGCCUGGUACAGCGAGCAGGCCUCACUGGAAAUGAGGGAGGCCGCAGCUACCGAGAUCCGAAGAGCCAUCACCGGCCGUAUCCCUGACAGCCUACGAAACUGCGUCAACAAGGAGUUCUUUGUCACUACGGCACCGUGGGCGGUCAUGGAUCAGCCAGGCGUUCACCCUGAGCAUAAUGGCGCUGCCUACAGAUACCCGCCAGGUGUGGUUGGAGUGGCUCCGGGCGGCAUCCCAGGGGCUUUAGAGGGCAUGGUGCCUGGUGGGGUGCCCAUCGCCCACACCUUGCCCUCUGGUACACACCCCUCCCAGGCCCCAUCGCCCAACCAGCCCUCUAAACACGGCGACACUAGAGAGCACCUCACCGAGCAAUAGCAGCAGAAAGGAUACAUACGGCAGCAUCUCAUCCGGCCUGUUGACACUCAGAAACAACCAAUCAAAGCAACUGACCAACUGGGACCAAGAGACAGUGAAACGACACAAGCGGCUGCCUGCUAAAAAUCCAGCCAGCAACUGGGAACAAAAGAAGUGUUCCGGGAAAUUUGUACUUUUAACCCUUUUAGUUUUUACUCUCUGUCUCUUUGGGUUCAGUUACCGACUUUACUCUUUGAUGAUGAUGUAUUUUUGUCUUUCUUUGGGACAUGCCUAUGAUUGUGGACACAGAGUCCAGUGUUUUUAGUGCUCCGGGAUUACCCGAUGAGACUCUGUUCAGCUUCCCCCACCGUACCACCCACCUCAGAGCUCAUGGGAAAUGUAAGCCCACUUCUAAACACACCAACUGAACAAGAGAAAAAAAAAAAAAAAAAAGAAAAACCUUUGGCAUCAUACGUUACUGGAUCGUAUGACCCCUGACAGCGCUCCUAAUCUUCCCCGCCUCUUCUUCACCCAGCUCCAAUCCUCAUUGUGUAACAAGUGUGUGUUAUUUAGGCCCCCAAUUAUGCCUCAGAAGAGAAUUAUUAUUAAUAUCGUUUUUCUUUUUAUCAUCAGUGUGAAUGACUAAAAAUGGAUUAUCAGCUUAUAUAUAUUUAUCAAAUUAAAGAAAAAGAUUGUUCAUCAAUUAUAGUAAUCAAAAGUGGGCUUUAACCCUUUCCUGGCAGUGGUACAUUUGACACCUGUCACAGCUGGAGUUCCAGCUUUUCACCACUAGAGGGCACUUGUACACAGUGUGAGAAUUUUUGAGUUUUAAGUGUCUCCAACUUACUACUUUUUAAAGCAGUUGGUGAUUAACGUAAAGCCAUUCAUUAAACACGUAACUGCAGCUGAAGCUUUUGAAAAGAAGUUAUUUUGUACUUUUAGUUCCUAAAAGCUCAGCGAUGCAUCCAGUUCUCUCCAGAGAAGCGUCUGAUGGCUAACUAAUCAUAAUGGCAGUCUUGUUAGACAUGGUGACCCAGUCCCUUCUGUGAGCACAUUUCACACUGAAGACAGGAAAGGGUUAAAUUCAGCAUGGUUUCUUAAUGACUCAGGAAUAACACUUUUUUUUUUGCAGAUAUUGUUUCUCCUCCCGCCCCUCCCCCCCGCAAAAUAAUUGUCUAUAAAAGGAAAAAAAGAAAACACAAAGACUGAUCUGGUUCGUCUGAAUAUUGAAUAUUUCUCUCCAUCAUCCUCUCCAUCGUGGUAUUUUUAUAAAAAGGACACAUUCACACAUUUUUUUGGUGUUAAAGAGUUUUGAGGAGUCCUGUUAGAUUCGUAUUGCCUAGUUAAAUGUUCCUAUAACCAUAGUCCUAUGUGAUCCCCCCUCUCUACCUGCUCCUUAAUAUUUCCUUUGUUCUAAUGAAGGCCAGGUUCUUUGGGGCAUCCUGUACUCUGUAAGAGCAAUAGCUGAAACUCUUAUUUAGUGUCCCAACAAUAGCAGAAGAGGCAGCCAGCAGUAUGUUUUUGUUUUUAGUGUGAGUAUUUGUAUUUGUUUCUUGUACAAGGUGAACAUUUAGCAUUCAGUGCAGUUCAAAUAAAAAAAAAAAGAAAGAGAAAAAAAAAAGAUAAAGAUACGAUUCUGAGAACCA